AUGGCCGAGCUUGAAGACGAGGAGGUCGCCGUCCCAGAGGCCGAGCCUGAGGAGGAAGUGACGGACCUCAAUGGAGCAGUGCGCGGCGUCCUGAAGAAGUCCUUGAUGGUGGACGGCGUCAUCCGGGGACUUCAUGAGGUGGCCAAGCACAUCGAAGCUUGCAAGACCCAGGUGGUCUUCUUGGCCGAGUCCUGCAACGAGGCGACCUACAAGAAGCUGAUCCAGGGCCUUUGCGUGGAGAAGAACGUUCCUGUCAUCGAUGUCCCGGACAACAAGAGCCUGGGGGAGUGGGCCGGGCUCUGCAAGAUCGACAAGGACGGCAUGCCGCGCAAGGUCGUUGGCGCAAGCUGCGUCGCCGUCGUGGACUUCGGCGAGGAGGGCGAGGCAUACAACUACAUGAUGAAGCAUUUGGGCAAGUCGUGA